UCGAUCAAUCGAAACUUUAUUUUUUUUUUAUCGAAAACAAAUAAAAGUCAAGGAUUCAAGAGACAAGUGAGCAGCCCGUGACAGUUGGAUAAAAAAAAACGAGGCUUGUUUACGAGAUGAGGAAAGACGCGAUGAGAUGUGGGACCAGCUGCCGGAGCUGAUACUGACGUUAAUUUUUGAUCACUUGGAGUGCCGGGACCGGUUCAAUGUCGACCGGACCUGUCAGUCAUGGAGUCGAGCGCUGGCUGCCCCAGUUCUCUGGCGAUCAAUCACCAUUACCAUAGACAGAGACUUACGGGGCGACUUAUCUCCUACCAAACAGCUCGUGGCCAAGUAUGGACAGUAUAUCAGAAAGUUAGAGUUUGCUUGGUCCCGGCCGUACAUUUUGCCGCGCGAAACUCGAGCCACUUGGAAUAUUCGGGCCAAGGAGGGUAUUGAAUUUAUAGGGGUUAUCAAGGACAAAACAGUCCAACUGAACCAGCUUGUACUUACAAACUGGUUCUUUGGUACUAACUGGAACCAUCGCAGCAAACUUUUGUAUGCAGUCGGACACUUUCUCAGGUGUCAGCAGAAGCUGAACUUUCUGAGUCUGCUGAACGCAAACUUGGGUGUCAGCGAUGUCUUGAGACUAUUCCGGGCUGUCUCUUGGUCCUGCGGCGGGACUCUGGAGCAGUUGGACAUCAGAGGAGCCUUCAAAGAUUGGCAGGCGCCGCACAGCAACUCCAGAUACCUUGAGUACCUUGGAAGACUGCACACACUGACGACAUUUAAAUUGGACUACCCGGCGCUGUCUGAUCUGGCUCUCAAUUCACUUGCCACUGCGGCACCUAAAGUACUUAGAGACUUGCAUAUCUCCGUUCGUGAUUCGGAUUCACGUCAGCAUACUAUUCAAGACGACGCUUGGCUCAAUCUUGUAACUGUUUGUCCUCAACUAACAGUUUCUUACACAAUCGUAAACAUUUCACAUUAUGAAGACAUAGCUUAUCUAUUAUUACCCAGCAUACCCCUGGCACGUUUUCACAUGUACGGAGGUCAUGUCUGGGAUCAAAGUCGAUCCAGAAACUUUCGGAGCACGGUCGGACUUCUCAUAACUUAUUACACCAAGACCCUAACUGAAGUAACUCUGCAACUGAGAAACAACCGUGAGGCUCUCGAUGAUCUGCUCGUAUCGAUGCUGGAACGCUGCAAGCGGCUGAUGAAACUUCAAUACGACGGGAUCAUCCGGGACGUCGAUACCCUCAGGGAGAUUUUCGGCUUGCAAGUAGACAACAAAACUUACUUCCAAACUAUCCACGUCAAGCCACGCAACCUCAGCCUAAAGAAUCGCGUUAUUUUGGACGACAUCAAUUAUCGCUACAGCCACAAAUUGAUGGACAGAGGCGUCGACUUCCGCAUUGACGACCCGGCUUUUAAUUUUUACUGAUUUAAUUACUUUGUAAAUUACUUUUCAAAAUUAAUGACAUGAUAUUUUUUUUUAAUAAAAAUAUAGAAAUUUAUUU